CGCAUGCGCGGUUCAUCCGUGGGUUUUAGCAACAGUUUCACGGGGAUACAGACUACAAUUUGCCAUAAAACCGCCUCGUUUCAACGGGGUAAUUAUGUCUGUGGCAGAGGGAGAAUCGGCUCGGGUUUUGACGGCCGAAAUCGAAACCCUUCUGAGCAAACAGGCAAUCAGAGUGGUGCACGAGGAAGAGAGCCGUCAGGGUUUUUACUCCCGUUAUUUCGUAGUUCCAAAGAAAGGCGGCUCAGCCCUCCGCCCUAUUUUGGAUCUACGCAUAUUAAACAUGCACCUAAGAAAGUAUUCAUUCAAAAUGUUGACACACAAGGUACUUUGUCAAUCGAUUCGCCCAAACGAUUGGUUUGUGACAAUAGACCUGUCAGACGCAUACUUUCACAUAGACAUUUACCCCUCUCACAGGAAAUUCCUCAGGUUUGCAUACCGGGGCACAGCAUACGAAUUUCAAACUAUACCGUUCGGGCUAUCUUUAGCUCCGAGGGUUUUUACCAAAUGUGUGGAGGCAGCUCUGUUCCCGCUGAGGGACAGGGGAAUAAGAAUAUUGUCUUACAUAGACGAUUAUCUGAUAUGCUCGUCAUCAAGAGAGCAAGCCAUAAAGGACGCAGAGACGGUCCUGAAUCACCUCAGCGAUUUGGGUUUCAGAAUAAACAUGAUAAAGAGCCGGUUAGUGCCCUCUCAGCAAACGGCAUAUCUGGGGCUCAAUUUAAACUCCCUAUCGUAUCGAGUCACAUUGACGGAAGAGAGAAUAGCGUCUUUCACACAAUGUCUCGCCCGUUUUCAAGGGAAAAGUGGUUCCGUACAGGCUGUGCUUGCGAAUGCUGGGGCUUAUGGCUUCAGUGAUCGCCGUGGUACAUUUGGGGCUUCUCAAAAUGAGGGAUUUCCAGCGCUGGAUCGCGCGUUUACAUCUGUGCUCUCGCCGGCAUCUCAGCCGACCAGUGAGAAUCGAUCAUAUGUGCGCCGUAGCACUCAGACACUGGGUGAACCCUAUGACGCUCAGGACGGGGAUUCCCCUAGGGGCGGUGUCGUCCAGGGUAACCAUGACGACAGACGCAUCGUUAAAGGGCUGGGGAGCAACCUUAAUGGGCAGAGCGGUGAACGGCGUGUGGCCGCCACAGCUGAUGCACAAACACAUAAAUUUUUUGGAGCUAUUAGCAGUGUGGUUAGCACUGAAACACUUUCUGAGUUUCCUCAAUGGUCAGCAUGUUUUAGUGAAAACAGACAACUCCACAGUGGUUGCUUACAUCAACCGACAGGGGGGCACACGCUCUCUUCAACUGCAUCGGUUGGCAGAGAAACUGAUCGUGUGGAGCGACACACGACUUCUAUCUCUCAGAGCAACCCACGUUCCGGGGGUUUUAAACAGGGGGGCAGAUUUACUGUCCAGGGGAAACCCUCUCUACGGGGAGUGGAAACUCCAUCCUCAGGUGGUGAGCCAGUUAUGGCAAAGGUACGGUCAGGCUGCCGUAGAUCUCUUCGCCUCGCAAGAAAACGCUCAAUGCCCUCUGUACUUCUCUCUGGCGGACGCAAAUGCACCGCUGGGUGUGGAUGCUCUAGCCCACCGAUGGCCAAACGUGCUUCUGUAUGCGUUUCCCCCUCUGAGCUUAAUCUCCCCCACUCUAGCCAGAGUGAGGUAACAAUAUCUGUCACUAAUUCUGAUAGCCCCGCGCUGGCCAUCUCGACAUUGGGUGGCCGAGAUAGUUCAACUCUUGUCAGGUCAGCCGUGGCCCCUCCCCCCACGGAGGGACCUCCUGUCUCAGGCGGGGGGGGGGGGAAUUUACCAUCCUCGUCCAGACAUGUUAGCCCUCUGGGCUUGGCCCGUGAGAGGUGGAAUCUGAAUGCGGCUGGUCUGCCCUCGUCAGUCAUAAACACUAUUCAAAGUGCAAGAGCUUCAUCUACCCGCACACUUUAUGGUAAUAAGUGGCGUGUUUUUGAAGGAUGGUGUGAGCGGAGAGUGGUUAUUCCUUUUCAGUGCUCUGUUAAGGAUAUUUUAUGCUUUCUCCAGGAUCUGUUGGAUAAAGGGAAGGCUUUCUCCACCAUUAAAGUGUACCUGGCUGCUAUUUCAGCCUGCCAUAUAGGUUUUGGUGAAAAAUCGGCAGGUCAGCACCCUUUAAUAAGUCGUUUUAUGAAGGGGGCGUGCCGCAUACGGCCAGUAUCUAAGCAGAUGGUCCCAUUAUGGGAUCUACCUAUCGUCUUAGAAGCAUUAUCUCAACAUCCAUUUGAGCCGAUAGAAGCGGUGAGUCUUAAGUAUCUUUCUCUUAAAACAGCACUGCUUCUGGCUCUAGUGACAGCUAAGCGUGUAAGUGAUUUACAUGCUUUGUCCGUUAGCCCGUCUUGUUUGCAAUUUGCUCCGGGGCUUACUAAAGUUUCUUUUCGUCCUAACCCUGCUUUCGUGCCUAAGGUUAUGGAAUCGGCAUAUAGAUGCCCGGCUACGGAAUUGGCAGCUUUUCAUCCUCCCCCGUUUUCUUCUCCGGAGUAUCAGAAGCUUAAUGCGUUAUGCCCGGUGCGCGCUCUUCAGGUGUAUGUGGAGAGGACAGCGGGUUUCAGAACUUGCGACCAGCUGUUUGUGUCUUGGGCUACUCCUCACAUAGGGAAGCCAUUAUCUCGACAGCGGUUAUCUCAUUGGAUUGUGGAGGCUAUAUCUGUCGCUUAUAGUAGCAGGGGGCUUCAGCCCCCUAGGGGCUUGAGAGCUCAUUCCACAAGAGGUAUGGCCACAUCAUGGGCUUUAUUCAGAGGGGUUUCUGUUCAGGACAUUUGCUCGGCGGCGAGUUGGGCAACACUGCAUACGUUUGUGCGAUUCUAUAGGCUGGACGUUUCAGAGCCGUCUUUAGCACAUGCUGUGCUGGGAGCUGGCAAUUCUAUACCCAUUUUAAGAUAA